UAUCUCUGUGUGGGCGAUAUUUGCUUUCCGAAGCAUUAUAAAAGAAGACUGAAGUAAGAACCUUUCAUCACUUGACGUCCUUUCACCUAUUUUCGCUGGAUUAUCCGACAUUAAUUUUACGAAAGACUUCUAUCGGUUUUUUAGGAACACAAUUUGAGACGUUGUUGAAUUAAGAAGAAAUAUGACAUUCCUUGAAGUGGUCCUUCUUCUUGUACUUUCCUGUAUGAUAGAGAGGUCGAUCUCGCUGUCAUGCCCCUGUUGGGCCCACGACGCUGACCCAUCAAAUCCGCUGUCAUACAGAGAGACGUACUGCAACGACCUCAACCUUCAGUGUCCUUCCGGGUCAGAGGUCAUCAACGACCACUGCGGAUGCUGUAAAGUAUGCUCACAUGUUGAAGAUGAGGAAUGCGGGGGACCUUGGAACGUACUAGGAACCUGCGCCAAAGACUUCGAAUGCGUCGACCCGAAGACGAAUACUCCAAUCCACAUGGAGAAAUAUUUCGUCAAUAUCCCUAUGGGAGUCUGUAGAAGAUUCAAACGAUCUGGCGCAGGUCAGGCGCCCUCUACGCCGGAGCCACGUCCAUUCAAACCUGAGUUCCCUGCCGGCUUCUCAUUAAUGGACUUCUUCGGACCUUUCGGUCCACAGCGGCCAUUGGACAACGAAAUGCCAAUGGGUAUCAAUAAGAAGACGAAGAAGGCAAAGAAGGACAAGAAACUGAAGAAGGAUUUGAAGAAGAAGGGUAGAAAGGAAAAGAAGGAAAGGAAAGAUAGGAAGAUGAAGGAGAUUAGGAAGCAGAGUAGGAGAAAAGUGAGCAACGAAGUGAGCAAUGAGAUUCCCAAGUUCUUUUAAAGACUGGUCAAUUGAACUGAUUGUUUGUUUUCCAAACAGGGUAUAGUACUAGCCUGUGAAAGUAUUCAUCUAACAUCAUGUUUCCAGGCAUCUGGCAUUGUUUUAGUAAAGGCCCAUAUUAAUCAAGAUAAGACAGUUCCCACGUUGAUGUUAUUCAAGGUAAUUGAUCAUUUUCCAUCCUCAAUUUAAAUGUUGAUAAUGGCCCCUUUAUCUCACGAGGGCGUUCACCAUUUCCAUGAUAAGUGACCUUCAAAUUAUGUUCGUUGAAGUUCGCAUCAAUACCCUUCAAAGUCUGGCAAGAUGCUCAUUCGAAUCAAUUCACG